ACCGAGUUUCUGCAGUUAAACUCUCCUCCAACAGAGAAGAGUUCUCUUUGCCGGCGAGGGACGUUGAGAAACACCAGUCAUGUUCAGAGGAUCUGUACGGCGACUGCGUGUGAUUUUAAAUCACGUGAAAAUGUUUUCAAGCGCUACAGAUGAGGUGCUAUUUGAGAGUGUUGGAGAUAAGCGGGUGGUUGUUUUAAAUCGGCCAAAGGCCCUCAACUCACUGAACUUGUCUAUGGUGAGGAAGAUCUACUCCCAGAUGAAGAGCUGGGAAUCAGAUCCUGCUGUUUCUAUGGUGAUCAUGAAAGGAACAGGAGACAAAGCCUUCUGUGCAGGGGGUGACGUGAGGGCUGUCACUGAAGCAGGGAGGAGUGGCGAUCUUCUCUCGAGGGAGUUCUUCUUUGAAGAAUACAUAUUGAACAAUAAAAUUGGUAACUACAAGCUGCCAUACAUCGCAAUGAUUGAUGGUAUCACUAUGGGAGGGGGCGUUGGUCUGUCUGUCCAUGGGAUGUUCCGAGUGGCCACUGAGAGGACAUUGUUUGCCAUGCCAGAGACUGCUAUAGGAUUAUUCCCUGACGUGGGUGGAGGCCACUUCCUGCCGCGUCUCCGAGGAGAGAUUGGUACAUUUCUGGCACUGACAGGUUUCCGGCUAAAGGGCCAGGAUGUCGAGGCUGCUGGAAUAGCCACACACUUCGUCAACUCACAGCAGCUCCCUGAUUUAGAAAAUGCCCUGAUGGAACUGCAGAAACCCCAGAAAUCAGACAUUGCACAGGUUCUUGACCAGUUUCAUAAACAGAGCUCUGAUCCACAGAGGUCCUUUGUAUUGAAGCCCCACCUGAACAGCAUCGACACACUGUUUGGAGCCAACACCUUAGAAAACAUGUUCCUUAACCUUGAGAAGGAUGGAUCUGAAUGGGCUGUGAAGCAGCUCAGUCUUCUCAAGAAGAUGUCUCCAACGUCGAUGAAGAUAACUUUACGUCAGCUGCGGGAAGGGGCGGCGAUGACGCUGCAGCAGGUGCUGAACAUGGAAUAUAGGUUGUCACAGCGCUGUCUGGAGGACAAGGACUUCUACGAGGGAGUCCGAGCAGUUUUGGUUGACAAGGACAACAGUCCGGUGUGGAACCCUGCCAGCAUCCAGGAAGUGAGUCAGGAGAAAGUGGACUGGUACUUCUCACCUCUUCCUCCAGACAGAGAGCUGGUGCUAUGAAUGUUGUCUUAGGUGGAAACAGUGCAGGAAGAGUGAUUAUAUUUAUAGAACAUCUGAUAACCCAGCAUCAGAACAGGAAGUGUGGAAGGGGAAUCACCUACUGAAUAGAGACAACAAGUCUUCAGGGAUGACACCCUUUCUUUGUGUGCUAUGUACUUUGAAUAGAGACUUUCAGGAGUGAGAUGUUCUUGAACUAUUUGUGUUUGAGAUAUGAUUAAAAAUGACCAUGUGAAUAAAUAUCAGAUGUCCAUGCAGACUACA